AUGCUGCUCACACCGUUCGCCCUGCUACUGCUGCCCCUGCUGGCGAUGCCAGCCCCCUCCCAUGCCUGGUCACGGCCCCUGUGGUACCAGGUGGGGCUGGACCUACAGCCCUGGGGGUGUCAUCCGAACACCUUGGAAGGCUGUGGGGGCAGUCUGGGCUGUCCUGGCCACUGGAUGGGCCUGGGGAUGAACCGCAUCUACCCUGUGGCUGGGGUCACACUCACCACCACCAUGAUGCUGAUGGUCAGCCGUGCGGUGCUACAGCGGUGGCGCUCCCAGGGCACUAAGUCUGAGCACCCGCAGGUGACCACUAGCCCCUCCGGACCCUGGAAACGGCGGAAUCCAAUCUCAGACCGCGCCCUGCUCAUUGGGGUCCUGCACAUGCUGGAUGCCCUCCUGGUCCAUAUUGACUGCCACCUGCGGCGUAUAACGACCAAACAGAAAACCCCAAUAAAGGGGUCUCCCACCCAGAGUGGGUGA